CACAUGUCGCUGACCUUUCUUCCUCCCUUCUUCUCCAUCUCUCUCAUCUCCCCACUACUUCUGCUCGCCACUGACCACUUUAUCAUCAUCAUCUUCUAAAAUUCUCCAUUACUGCACCCGCAAAUCAAAUUCCCCAUUCCUCUAUUCCCUCGGAUCAUCCAAAAUAGAAACAAACACCACUACUUAUUAACUUCAUCCUACUAUACAUACCCCUCGCCCCUCAUCUCACUUUCCGGCAAUAUAAUAAUAUGGGUCGAUCGCCGUGCUGCGAUAAAGUCGGCCUCAAAAAAGGCCCCUGGACUCCAGAAGAAGACCAGAAACUCUUGGCUUAUAUCGAACAACACGGCCAUGGCAGCUGGCGUGCCUUGCCUUCCAAAGCCGGCUUGCAAAGAUGUGGGAAGAGUUGCCGGCUGAGAUGGACCAACUAUCUCAGGCCUGAUAUCAAGAGAGGCAAAUUCAGUUUACAAGAAGAGCAAACCAUUAUCCAACUCCAUGCUCUCCUCGGAAACAGGUGGUCGGCGAUUGCCACUCACUUGCCGAAACGGACGGAUAACGAGAUCAAGAAUUACUGGAAUACCCAUCUGAAGAAACGGCUGGCGAAAAUGGGGAUUGAUCCGGUGACCCACAAGCCGAAGAACGACGCGCUGUUAUCCAGCGACGGCCAGUCGAAGAGCGCCGCCAAUCUGAGCCACAUGGCGCAGUGGGAAAGCGCGCGCCUCGAAGCCGAGGCUCGGCUGGUGCGCCAAUCCAAGCUUCGUUCUGUUUCUCUCCAGAACCCUCUGGAACCUUCCAGCCCGCUCACCAAGCCCGAGGUGCCCGCGGCCGGCUCGCCGCGGUGUCUGGACAUACUAAAAGCUUGGGGCGGCGGCGGCGCCGGAGGCAGCGGCGGAGGGGCGGCGUUUUCCGUCGCCGGACUUGGCGUCGGAGUAGAGGCGCUGGAAUCGCCGACGUCGACGCUGAGCUACUCCGAGAACGCGCCGCAGAUUUCCAGCUCGACGGCGGCGUUUAUGAAGGAAGAAAGUGAGGAUCAAGCGUGGAAGUGCUUCGGGAACGCGGCGGAGCAUUUCAAACACGGCGGCGGCGUCGAGGAUUCCGCCGCCGCCGCCGGUUUCGCCUCGGCGGGGCUUCUCGGCUUGACUAACAUCCCCGCCGCCAUGGAGAGCGGCGCGUGGACGACACAAGAGCACAUUCCCACCGGAAAUUUUGUGGAGAGAUUCACCGACCUUUUGCUCAGCGCGAAUUCGACGGAACGGAGCUUAUCGGAGGCCGGCAGCACCGAGUCCAAUAACGCCGCCGGCGAUGGCGGCUCCGGCAAUCACUACUAUGAAGAUAACAAAAAUUACUGGGAUAGCAUCCUUAACUUGGUGAAUUCUUCACCCUCAAAUUCUCCCAUGUUUUAGGAACUAUAAUUUGUCUCGUGUUACACUUAGAAUUGUUUGAGUCAAGUGUUUGGGAAAGUCCAUGAACUGUACUUUGUAUUACAAAAUGGAGCCACUGCACAUCUUUCAUAAGUUUCAAACUAAGUCUAUUAUUUUUAAAAUAUCAUUCCAUCAAAUUCAUUCAAACUUGUAAUCUAGAGCUGAGGAAGUAAUGAAAAGUCGAGUUAAAGAUUUCAUUCUA